UCCCAAAACAAGUGGCUCGGGAACAGUUCAAAUCUAUUCAGUUUGCAAGCUUUGGACAAAGGCAACGUAUGAUUUCCCUCACAAAUUUUUUGUAGCAAAAAAGAAUAAUGAUUUUCCAUUAGGGGCGGUUGAAGAAGCUUCUUCUGUCUCUCUGGUCUAUACUCCAUAGCAGCAAGCAACCCAUAAGCUUACGAAGAAAUUAUCCUUUUCUUCCCCUCUUUCUGAGUUUCCAAGUUUCUUUUGAGUUUUUGUAAAUAACCCUUAAAAAUCUCCUUCUAUUCUAUCUCUCUUCAACGAUUGAUUAAGCAAUUCAUUUGCUCAGUUUCUGCAAGAAAGGAGCUGGAUUGCUUUCUGGGUUAGAGCAUCUAAUUACCUUUUCCGGGUGUGUGCGGUACCAUAGCUACUGUUUCUUGAAUGUAAGAUGGAGGGUUACUGAGUUUUGUCAAUCACCUGUUUGGAUAGUGGAAACUGGGAAAGUGAAAGAAGUUGAAAGAUACAUGAUACUAAAGAAUUUAAUGGAAGACAAGCAACUGGAUUUUAAUCAGCCACUUCUUUCUGUGAGGCGUUUCUCAUCAAUGGUGGCUACAUCUGAAUCUGAGGAAAAAAAGGGAAGUGACAAUUUACUACCAAAAGUACCUCCUCUUCCUGUUUAUAAAUCAGAGUUGAAGUCAGGUCCAGUGAGAAAUGCAGGAACAGUUCCUUUUAAAUGGGAGCGGUCACCAGGACAACCCAAGGAUGAAAGCAAGUUACAAACUGGCAUUCUUGAGCAGCUAACCACUGUUCCAAAGCUUCCACCUGGGAGGGUUUUGAAUGUUAAACAUCAAUCUUCUGAAAAUUGUGUUGAUGGCAAAUUAGUUACUCCAUCCCAAACAGGAGCUAUGUCUUCCACUUUUCAAAAUGUGUCAUGUUCAGAUAAGAAUGUAAAAGAAUAUGAGAGCUCCAAUGGAGAAAUAGAGGAGACUGGGAUCUCGGGCUCAGAAGAUAAUGACGAAGCUUAUGUUGAUGCACUUGACUCGCUUUCAAGGACUAAUUCAUUCUUCUUGAACUGUAGUGUAAGUGGUGUAAGUGGGUUGGAUGGUCCAGAUAUCAGACCAUCUGGAAUCUUCUCAGCAGAUCCACAAACUCGGGAUUUCAUGAUGGGUAGGUUCCUGCCUGCAGCAAAGGCUAUGGCAUCAGAAACACCUGCAUAUGCUACCAGGAAACCACCAAUAGUACAAGAGCAGCCAAGGCAUACAAAGAAGGCAGUUUGCCAGGAUAAGCAACGUCCAGUUUGUCAGUUUAGCUCAAACAACUUUCCACCUCACAGAUCACAUACUGAAUCAGGAGUAAGUGAAGAUGAGGAUGAUCACAAUGGGCUUGAGGACCCAUCAACUAAAGUUUGUGGGUUAUUGCCUCAUUUUCUGCUUAAGAGUACUCUCUGUCUUUUUAAUCCAGUCAUGGGGAUGAAAAUCCAGACCCAGAAACCAGUAUCUGUUCGUAGAGUACAUGCUAAAUCUUCGUAUUUGGUACCUUCCACUGAAACUGAUUAUGAGCAUUCUAAGGUUUCUGCAUAUGAGAAAGGAACAACAGUCCUGUUCCAAAAGGAGGAGCAUCAUGUAGUUAAGAAUGAGCUUAAUGAGCUUAAUAGUAAAUCUAGCAAGAUCAGCUACAGAGGGAAUUGUCAGAAACCAGAUGGAUCAUCUCUUUAUAGGUGUUUGCAGGGCAAUGAUGCAUCAGCAUAUUCAAGAGGAUGCUCCUACUCCAUGCAUCAAGAGAAAGGAAAACUUGGUAUUCAUGAAAAAUCUAGGAAUUGUAGGGCUAAUGAAUUUGAAGCACACGAAAAAGAAAGCAAUAGUUUUGGAGAAUUAUUAAUGGCUCCAGAGGGUUCUAAAUCACAAUCAGUUUCAGCAAGUCCUGCAAUUGAGAAAACUCUUUACAUAGAUUCACUGCAUAAGGUAAAAUCUCCAGAUUCAAGUUCUUCAGAUGCAAUUAAGUUGAAUGAUCCAAAGAGUGAUGAUUUUGCGAUUCUUAAGAGUAGGGAAAUGAAAGAGACUCCUUCAGUGGAUUCUUCGGAUCAGUUUAUCAUGGACUUGAAUCUCACAGUUGAGAAGGCGGUAUUGCUAGGUAAAAAUGUGGAGUCUGCUCGUAACAUGCAAAUGGAUGCAGGAAAUGGUAACAGAAGGGAUCAUGAGUUGAUCCAGGAUUCCAGUAAAUCAACAUACCCAAAAGUGACUAAGAAUGAAAAGGUUGAUCUAAAAAGACAAUUGCUUAUAGGAUUAAGUGACAAAGCAAGUUCUCAUGAACCAUUCCUGGACGGCGCUUUGUGUAGAAGCUCUAAAGAGGCUGACCACAUAAAGAUUGCUUCAGAAAGCCACUGCCGCUGGAAAUCAAGUAAUCAAGAAACAUAUAACAACAGCUGCUCACAACUUCCACUUGCCCUAGCUUUACCAAAAUCUCCAUCUGAUUCUUGGUUAAGGCGUGCACUGGCUGCUGUUUCCUCAAAGAGUUCAUCCUCACACUCUUCUUCUGUGUCACAUAAUUAUAGCAGAAAUCAAGCAGCCAAGUCUUUGACUGCUGAUCCCAAGUGGGUAAACACUAUUAGAACUUCCAAUGGAUGGCAAGGGCAUUUGCAAUGCGCUGAGGAGCUGCUCACUCCUAUACCAGAAGAAUAGAAGUACAGGGUCCAUCCAUUUGCUUUCUGUGGAACGUCCAUCGUUGUAGGGUUUGAAGUUGUUGAAGAAUCUAGUUUUAACCUCCUUGUAAAGUUCUCCUUAUGCUCCUAUUCAGUUACCUUGCUCAACAUACAUUGUCUUUGGAUGGAGCUGCCCGCAAGUAAAUCUUCAUGUAAUAAGACGGUACAGUUGUCAUUUCUUGUAAAUCACAUGAAGUCAUUAAACAUAAGUGUGAUACUGCAUUCUUUUGUAAUAAAAAGAAUAACGCUGUUUUAAGCAU